UGAGUCGACUUGGCUACAGUACAGUGUUCAACAUGUACGCUAAGGGGAAGGGCUCGUCCGUGCCCUCCGAUGCGCAAGCCAGGGAAAAAUUGGCGUUGUAUGUGUACGAAUACUUGCUCCAUGUUGGUGCCCAGAAAGCCGCACAGACCUUCCUCUCAGAAAUAAGAUGGGAGAAAAAUAUAACAUUAGGGGAGCCGCCGGGGUUUCUACAUUCGUGGUGGUGUGUAUUCUGGGACCUAUAUUGUGCGGCACCUGAGAGGAGGGACACGUGCGAACACUCCAGCGAGGCUAAGGCCUUCCACGACUAUGGCUUUGUAAAUUCCGGUUAUGGCGUCAACGGUAUAGCUCAUAAUGCUGGUCCAGCACCCUCACCGCUUGGCCAGAUGCCCACCAGUGACGGGAUGGGACCCGGCGGCCCCAUGCCUCCUGGCUUCUUCCCGACGCCGGGCAUGAGGCCAUCCCCAGGUCCAAACCCCCCGUCCCAAGCCUCCCCCCACCCCCCAGGGGGGCCGGGGGGGCCUGGUGGGCCGGGGGGGAGCCCCAUGCACAUGAAUCUACAGCCAUUCAUGUCCCCAAGAUAUCCAGGUGGGCCUCGGCCGGGAGUUAGGAUGCCACAGAUGCACAACGACUUCAAUGGGCCUCCAGGACAGCCAAUAAUGCCUAACAGUAUGGACCCAACACGUCAGGGAGAUGGAGACUUUGUUGGUUGGCAAGGUAGGAACUCGCCUGGCAAGUUCCCUCUCCACCAAUCAGAUCUUGGAUUGAUCCAUCUCCAUCAGUCAGAGCUCAGGAGUCCUCCAGGGAUGAACCCCAGAAUGGCAGGGCCUCGAGGACCAGCUAUGGGUCCAGGUCCUGGUAUGGGUCCCAUGGGUCCAGGAGCAUAUGCACCAGGGAUGAGAGGACCUCCACCAAGUAGUAUGGGUCCUGGUGGACCUGGGGGUCCAGGAGGCCCAGGACCAGGGGGACCAGGACCAGGCAUGCCACCAAUGAGCAUGGGAGGGCCUGGUCCUAGACAACCAUGGACACCAAAUACAUCUACCCCUAUGAGCUAUUCCUCGUCUUCACCAGGAACCUAUGGUGGCAUGAUGGGUCCACCUGGUUCUGCAGGCCCCCCUGGUCCUGGUACGCCAAUCAUGCCCAGUCCGCAAGACACAUCGAGUAGCGGAGCUGAUGGGAUGUUCCCCAUGAUGAAACCAGUACCUGGUGGAGGGAUGCCUGGGGACUUUCCCCUGGGUAGUGGCCCUGAUGGGCCCAUGGGUGGCCCUAUGGGUCCUAACACCAUGGGCCCUGUUAUGAAUGGUGAUGGCUUGGAGGGCAUGAAGAACUCCCCUGCAAAUGGUCCUGGAACGCCGAGAGAUGAUGGAGGCGGUAUGGGGGACUACAAUCUAGGAGGCUUCGGGGGCCCUCCGGAGAGUUAUGACCAACGGAUCAAGCCCAUACCACGUAAAACAACCCCACACCAUCAUGCUGCCUCCUCUACCCUUCAUAAUCAUGAUGAAGUCAGCUUUGAAGCAUUCCUCAGAAGCUCACCACAUCCAGGUUCUACCAUUGGACGUCAGCAAUGUGCAGCAUGAUUCAUCACUCAACAUUAUCCCUCAUAGCUGCUCAUCACUCCAGUGACCAGAAUGAGUCAGCUGCCAUUUUAAAGAUCAAGGAGAGUAUGCAAGAAGAAGCGAAGCGAUUUGAAAAGGACGUUCCACCAGAUCAUCCAGACUACUUUAUGCCGUGACGUGACCCUCUCCCAUCCCCACUUUACCCUGUGAACUAGCUCUCUUGGUUCCUUGCAGAACCUGCGACAUGGCAGUAGUCUGGAGUUGGCCUUUUUCCUCAUCCCAGAUGCUGAGGACAUGUCAAAACUUGGCAGUGAGGGCAUUGUGUGAGUGCAGAAAUGUGGUGACUUUGUCUGCACUGUGACAGUUUGCCACACAAUUAUGGUGAUAUGAUUUUGUAAAUGGUGGUGGAGUGAUGAUGGGACAAGGGGUCCUUACAAACUCGAGGAACUGGCAUCUCAGACCUCAACACAAUUCUCAAGUGAAUCAAAACGCAGAACUCCUGUGAUGGAGUGAUAUCCUACAGUGAAAUAUUACAUGUGAUUAGAAACACUAGUGAUUUACCUUAUGAAGUCUGAAAAUGCAGCCUGAGCACUAUACGAAAAUGGUACAAUGUAUGAAUUCUUGCAUACACCGUAUAAUGAGAAGUGAAAAGAUGGCUCUGAUUUCUGCUAUUUGAUGAUAAGUCUGUUGUCAUUCAUUGUGCUUUCUAUGUGAAUCUUGUAGGAAACAAAAUUUAUAUUAUUAUUUAAUAUGUUUUCUUAAUUUCACUCAUUUAAUACCCAAGAUCCAUAACCAGAAAAGCAGUAUCGGGAGACUAGAGCAGCUUAGGGUAAGAUGGAGAUGUAGAUAUUUUCAUAGACCGUCAUUGCUCAUGGGUGGUGUCCAUAUGCCUCAGUUGGACAACCAGUGCUGCCUGUCUCCUGGCUGGACCCUUGUAGGAGUGCCCAUAGUUUUCUUAUCUCCAAAGAAAACCUCCCCAGUCCCAGGCACCAGCAGUGACCCCACUACCACCAGCGUCACCCUGGGACGUGCUCCUGGGAAGGACUGGAAUAUGUCCUUGACCCCCAGGGUAUUGGCCCUGAGCCAGCUGGAACCUACUCACUUUGGGCCCAGCACUCAUGUACAAAUCCCCCAGCCUGGGACCUCUGGGACCUUGGCACGUGAUCUGCCCUCCACAUGUGCAAAAGACAGCAAUGUCUGUUCUCACUAGUAUUACUCAGACUCUGUUCUGGCCUCAGGCCCAACUCAUGUAAUAUCAGAUGGGAAGUCUUUUAUUCAGACUUUGUGUUAGCUUACCUACCAGACUGGAAGUGAUGACCUGUCUCUGUUCUGUACAGAUCUAUCAAAGUGUUGUAGAUGUAGGAAUAAUUUAUUAUUUGUCAUGUCCAAAUCUUUCUCUAUUUCUUCUUGACUCCUUAUGUUAAACUGUUUUAACCACACUGGCCACCCCUCCCCUUCUGUCCAUGACCCAACCACCAUUAUUACCUCCUUUAUCACUACCAUCACCAUUAUCACUUUUGCCACCACAUCAACGCCAUUUCAUUAUCACCAUUUCACUACUACCAUCUCACUGCCACCACAAUCACAAUCUCAACACCACCACCAUCCAUCUCAUUGCUGCCACCCACUUCACCACCACCACCACCCAUCUCAUUGCUGCCACCCACUUCACUAUCACCACCACCACCUCUUCACCACCACCACAUCACCACCACCACCACAUCACCAUCACCACCACAUCACCACCACCACAUCACCACCACCCACAUCACCACCACCCACCUCACCACCACCACCACCUCACCACCACCACCACCACCUCACCACCACCACCACCUCACCACCACCACCACCACCACCUCACCAUCACCACCACCACCUCACCACCACCACCACCACCACCUCACCACCACCACCUCACCACCACCUCACCACCACCUCACCACCACCACCUCACCACCACCACCUCACCACCACCUCACCACCACCUCACCACCACCUCACCACCAUCCACCUCACCACCACCAACAACACCACUACCCACCACCUCACUACUGCCACAAGUACUUCCACAACCUGUGGUUCAGCAGUGUAACUUACUUCACUGCUUCCCAUUCAUCCAACGCCAAAUGUAAAUCACUGAAAAUUAUCCUCCAGGAUGCACCGCCACCGCCAGACUCGACCAACACACCUGGGGUGCUAACUCUUCGUAUGACAUUCUUGUAUUUAGAAUCAUCUUUGCUACAUAAUUGUAUCAUCAACUCAUAACAUAUUUCAGAGAAUCCUUUACUUUAUAUAUGUGAUACAGUAACCUACUAUUAAUUUAUUGACUUGCAGCCUUGAACACGACUUCCUCACAAGACAUGUAGACAGCUAUGAGACACUUCACAGCCUAGGUUUAUCUCGCAUACUCAUAUACUAUCUUCAUCUAGGCCUAGGUCAAAUCACCAUUUCAUCAUAAAAUGACUCAUGACCCAGUUAUACUAACUGGGUGUAGCCCUGGGUGUAUGUCGCUCUGGUGGUGCGACCGUUCAGCCCAGUUUGUCUGUUCUGACCGACCCCUUGUACAGUAGAACAUAGCAGAUAUAUUAUGUGUAGCAAUUUUCAAUAAAAUGGCUAAGGCAAUAAGAAAUUAAAAAUUGAAAUUAUCCUUUUUGCAAUCCUUUACAUUUAAAAAUAUUAAAUUUACAGUAGUACUGUACCUUUCAAGAUAGGACUUGGAGUGUUCUCUUUGGACGGAGAAUAAAAAUGUACUGUAAACCUCAUACAAUGUGAUUUCACAUUGCACAAUUUGGUUGCAGCUCAACUCAAAAAAGUGUAACUCCCCAAAAAAAAAAAAAUCAACAUGAAAAUAUUAAUGCUUCUGGCAGUAAAAGUUAAAAGUGAUAAAAAAUUUGUGUAGUAUAUUCCAUAAUUUUUUUUCAGUUUUCUCCACACACCCACGAACUGUGCAGCUUCCCUUGUUCUUGCUUAGCAAGAACAAGUCAUAUCCUCUAGACUGUUUUUCCUUUAACUAAUGUGUUCCAUAAUUUUUGUAGCUUAUUAAUGUGUAAUUUAUAUAAAGUUUAACAUUCAUUGUGCAUGACCUUAAUGGAGGCACAGUCAUUACACUGUUGGACUGCCCAAACACAUCGAUAUAUUCUAAAGGUUCCCCAAAAUAUGUUAGGUAUGACAAAGUAGUGUUAUUUGGGCUAAUAAUAUGGGAGGAAAUGUUUAGGCAAAUCUUUUGACAGCUGCUGCCCCUGUUCACUUAUUGACACAGUGCAUUCACUUUCUCAAAUCCCUGCCAACUUUGGUUUUUCUUGAGCCAUAGCAUGUGGUGUAAGUGACUCAUUUCUUUUUCCUCCAUUAAGCAAACUAGCUGCUCCACAUGUAUAUUAUAUACAAGUCAUGUAUAUGUAUACUGAAAAGUUAAGUAAAGAAAUUAGUAAUUUCAUAAUAUUACUGGGAGCCAAAUUCAGAUAGCAACUUUUCACACUUCCCUAACAGUCUCCCACACCAUUCUAUUACAGUAUUACUGCAUUCAUUUUUAACACAUUUUUACUUGAUGUAGGUGUGAGACUUUUUGGUAAAGAAAUCUGGCUUUUCAUUAUUAUUAUGUACACACACUGAGAGACCCACCUGAUACUGUCUCAUAUUUUUUACUAAUAUAUUUUCUUGGCUCUUGCCUAUCAAAUGUGCAAGAUGCUUUGAGAGUUUAAGAAGCAUAAUUAACAUUACAAAGUUUUCUGGAGAGAAACCAUACCACGGGUGGGGUUUGAACCCGCGUGUUCAAACCCCACCCGUGAUAUCGUUCGUUUGCAUUCGUGUCAUUACGAUUUCGUGAGUCAUGUUUUCUGGAGAGACUAUGUCUACUGGUUAAGUAGUUGCAUUGGCUACACCCACUGCAACCCAGUAGGCUCACAUUAACCCUCCUCUUACUCUUCAAAUUCUUCAACUAACAACUAACAGAAUGUGAGUAAAGUUAUUCUGUAGUAAUUGAUGACUAAGACAAUAUAGUAAAAAAAUGGGUGGCAGAUUAAGAGGUGUCUUGAACAUAACCCCAUUUUUCUGAUGCUGUAUAAGUUUUGCUUUACAUAAUACUAUUUUACCAAAUGUUCCAAUAUAUUCAGAUAUGUAGUCCAUCCUUUAUGACAUGAUUUACUGCUGUAUAUGUAGAGGAUACUUGAGCAUCUGGUGCUCACUGUGCAUAUCGCCAUAACAAUUUAAUGGGGUGAGAAAUAUGGGUGGAGAUGUAAAAUAAACUCAGUGAAAGGCAGGUGUGCCAUAUGCCCAAUUAAAACACUGUGCCAACCUUUGUAAUCCCCAAUUAUCGAACUUCAAAUAUUAUCACAACAAAGGUAAAAAAAUUUCAAGAGUAAACUGGAUCACUAUUUCUUACAAGUGACUGAUCAGCCAAGUUAUGUUGGUUAUGUAGACUGCUAAGAAUAACAGCCUGGUUGACCAGGGGUGAGCAGGGAAGCCUGGUUUCAAGCUCAAUUGUGAGGUUAGGAUAACCCCUGAAAUCAGUCACAGAUAUAUCUCUUUGAAAUGAUGUACAUAGGAAGUGUUGCUAUAUGAAAUGAUAUACUCAACAUAGAUUCAUAUCUUGAGUUUUGACAUAAUAAUUGCAUGGUGGAAGAUGUGCAGUCCUACAGGCCACUCACUAACAGCAACAGCCUGGUUGUGACAGAUUCACAAUAAUUAGUGACAUGUUUAUCAAACAAUAGGUAUUUUUAAAAGCAAAAGGCAUUUUUAAAAGCAAUAGGCAUUUUUAAAAGCAAUAGGCAUUUUUAAAUGCAGCCUGAUGAACAUAAUUUGAUCAAUGAGCCUUGGAGUGAUUUCAUAAGAUACUGCAAGUGCCAAGUAACUCUACUGACUAUCUUUGAGUAUUUUGAGUUGGUGGACUGUGAUUAAGAACAAGAUUGUUUUUAUCUGGAUGGCAGUAAGUGAAAAAAAAAUUAUUCUAUUUGGCAUAGAGUUUGUAUAAAUGGGAGAUGGGGUAUUAAAUUGCAUUCCAAAUGAA